UUGUGCAAAAAAUGAUUUCAGUGAAACUUUUAUUAACGAGAAAUUAGAAUCUUUUAAAUUAAAACUAAAAACUUUAAAAAACAGUUAUAUUGAAAUGGAUAUAGAUCGCGAUUUAUCCUACAUUGACAACAGACAAUGGAUUGAAAGUGUGGCUGUAUCACUUUUAGCAGCUACUUUUGAUUAUAUUUUAAAAUCAUCAUACCAGCAAACGCAACUUUUGAAACUCUUAAUCAAAUUUAACGUAUCAGAAUAUCUGCCUAUCUCUUUGGAUUCUAUAGAGAAAACAUUAAAUAUGCUGAACAGUAUAUCUAAAAACAAAUGCAAUAUUAGACCGAGUUUUACUGAUUUGUUUUGGCAGGAAACAAGAACUACUUCGAUUCAAAAUUACAUAGACGAACUUAUAAAUAAAAAGUUUUAUAAAGUCGCUUUUGAAAUUGGCUGUAUCGAAGGUAUUACUUUUGAUCAUGUUAUACUCCAAAAAUGGGAAGAUGAAUUUGAAAAAAAACAUCAACAUGAUGAUUUUUGGAGCUGCAGUUUGAAAGAAUUCGCUAAUGUAAGACAAAAAGAUAAAGUGCUUAAAGCUUUAGAAAAAUGUUGCGCAAAAGUGGAGAGCCAAACUGAGAAAUAUAAAAUCUUGAAAGUUGCCCUAGAGUGGGCUAAAUCAAAUAAUUUGGGUAACAUUAGUGAUAUUGAGAAGAAAAUGUGGAUCACUGUUUUACAUUUAAAAAAUUAUGACUUCCAGUUUCCUUUCUUUUCUGAAUCUCAAUCAUUCCUUUAUUCUCACAUACAGCAAGAGCUUUCUAAUAUUUCUAUUCCUGAAGACGAGUUGCUAACUCUUACACAAGCUGACAAAAAUUAUAUUGACACGAUUAUAGAAUCUUUGUUGAACUCUGUAAGGUUUACUGAAGUUUUGAAAUUAUCUAAGAUGUUUGGACACAAACAUGAAGAUUUAACAAUAUUGACACUCUGUGUACAAUUGGCCGAAGGCCUAUUACUUCCUUCCCAACUUAAUGUAGAACAAAGACUUUUGGUUAAUAAAGCAGCCCACCUGAGGAAAUUCAGUCAACGUGGAACGGGAUCAUACAAGUCUUUUCAACUUUCGAACAUUGGAACAGGAUGGUUCAGUUCUACAAUGAACAUGGAAGACUUUGAAAUUCCUGGUAAUGAUACAGUGAAGAUACUCGAAAUCCUAUCAGAAAGGGUGAAAUAUGGUUUUGAUUUGGCUCAGAAAGUAUUUCUCACCUUUAGAAUAAGUGUGAACAUUGAUAGAAGAUACCAACAAGUAUUAGAAUGUAAACAACCUAUCGAACUUCUCAAAGCAAGCUUAAAAGAAGACUGCAGAAACAAAUUACAAGUUAUACAUGAUUUUAUCGUUGUCUGGAAAUGGUCUAAAGAAAAAGUAGCUGAUUUUGUAUGUGAAGAAGUGAUUACAGCGAUCGAUACCUUUACUAAAGCAAAAAUUGAAGGGACAGUCUUGUGGGACUUAGACUUGGAUAGGGACUUCCCACUUAUACUACAAUUUUUACCAGAAAAUACCUCGUCAACGUUAGGUGCAAAAUUAUAUUCUUAUGCUAGUGCAUUAUAUAAAGCCCAGAAUAUCGACGGUGGCGAGUUUAAAAUCAGCGAAUUCCAAAUGAUUAUAGAACUCUUGAUACGAUCACACGACUGUUUCACGGCAGAUUGUAACAUGGAAGGCAUUUCAGUGAUUUUAAGAAAAAGUAAAAAGAUCAUCUCAAUGCUCCUCGAAAUUAAAAGUUGGAAAUUAAUUGUGAGACUCCUAACUGGCGUGGGAAGAUACACUGAAAUGAGCUAUAUUUUCCAAAUAUUAAAAGAAAAUGAUCAUUUCGAAUUUUUAUUAAGAAAAGGAAAUAGAAAGGACAACGGUCUCAAAAUAGCUUUGCUGGAGUAUUUGAAAAAAUACUGUCCCGAAAACAGGGAAUUGUACAGAAUGGUGGCGUUACAUUUUACAUUAUAUUCCGAAAUCGCUCAGAUAUGGGAAGAAGAAGCCCAGAGCCUGAUCAAAAAUCUGAUUGCUAUUUCCAGGUUGGAAAUGCAAAACAACGGUCUUAAUCCUGAUAAUGAAAUGUUUGUCCUUUUGAGUAAUUCGGAUGGAACGAAAAUUACUUUAAACAAGGCGAUGCAAAAUUACAUCCAUGCUGCUGAAUACCAUUUACAAGGUGAGAAACUGAUGAAGGCUAUGCAGUCCGCGAAACAAGCAGAACUUGUAGCCCUCCAGCUCUCAAUUCUAAAAGGACUGGGGACGAACGCAUCCUGUAACUGUCUUCUCAACCUAAACAACUCCCAAAUAGGCACUCUAAUUACUUUACAUCUAAGAGGCGUAUAAAUAUCAGCCUGAUUGGGCGUCCGCGUUAUAUGAACAAUUUGUCGUGCAGAAUAAGCAAAACUAUUUCGACAGUUUCCUAACUUC